AUGCCCUCCACCUCGCUGUCCAUGACCCACAUGGAGGGCCCUCUGCAGCCAGGAAGUGCCAUGCUCAAGGAGCGGCUUCUGCCCGGAGACAGAGGCCUGGCUCAAAGCCUCCUGGGCCCCCUCCCCACCAAGGGACCUUCCCCAGCUGAAGCCACACCCCCCAAGGAGACACAGGCCCUGGUGAAGCCCUUCACCCCAGUGCCACCCGCCCGGCCCCGGCUGGAACGUGCCCUAUCCCUGGACGAGCAGGGCUGGCGGCGACGGCGCUUCCAAACCAGCCAGGAGGACCUGGCCGGCCGGAACAAGGCCGAGCUGUGUGAGGGCCCCUCUGGCACCUCUGUCUGCAGCGGCUCCCCACCUGGCCUGAGCAGCUCUCUGCAGGAGAUCCCCAAGUCCCACCAGGCCCCAGGCAGCCCCUCCUCAUGGGGUAACUCUGUCUCAGGGUUGAUGAGCACCUCACUGGACCUGCUGCACAGAGAGGCCCCCACUUUGGGGAGCAUGCUCCCCCCACUGCCCGCCGUGGGCCUGAGCGAUUCCUCAGACUCACUGAAGAUGGCCCGCAAAGCGGUGCCCAGCCCUGAGGACUUCCGGCGGCGGGUACAGAAGAAACUGGUGCGAGCCCACAGCAGCCUGGGCCCCAGCCGGCCCCGGAGCCCCCUGGCCUGUGACAGCUGCUCCCUGCGUUCGGCCAAGUCCUCUUUCAGCCUCCUGGCCCCGAUCCGCGCCAAGGAUGUGCGCAGCAGAAGCUACUUGGAGGGCAGCCUCCUUGCCAGUGGAGCCUUGCUGGGAGCGGACGAGCUGGCCCGGUACUUCCCGGACCGCAGCGUGGCUGUCUUCGUAGCCACGUGGAACAUGCAAGGCCAGAAGGAGCUCCCCCCAAACCUGGACGAGUUCCUGCUGCCCGCCGAGGCGGACUAUGCUCAGGACAUGUAUGUCGUUGGGGUCCAGGAAGGCUGCUCAGACAGGCGAGAGUGGGAGACGCGCCUGCAGGAGACGCUGGGCCCCCACUACGUGCUGCUCCACUCGGCGGCCCACGGCGUCCUCUACCUGGCCAUCUUCCUCCGCAGAGACCUCAUCUGGUUCUGCUCAGAGGUGGAGUGCUCCACAGUGACCACGCGCAUCGUGUCCCAGAUCAAGACCAAGGGGGCCCUGGCUCUCAGCUUCACCUUCUUCGGCACCUCCUUCCUGUUCAUCACCUCCCACUUCACCUCCGGAGAUGGGAAGGUGGCAGAGCGGCUGCUGGACUACUCGCGGACCAUCCAGGCCCUCGCCUUGCCCAAGAGCGUGCCAGACACCAACCCCUACCGGUCCAGCCCCGCGGACGUCACCACGCGCUUUGAUGAGGUCUUCUGGUUUGGAGACUUUAACUUCCGGCUGAGCGGAGGGCGGGAGACCGUGGAGGCCCUACUGCGGAGCGAGCUGGGGACAGACGUGUCGGCUCUGCUACAGCAUGACCAGCUCACCAGAGAGAUGAGGCGAGGUUCCGUCUUCCAGGGCUUCCAGGAGCCGGACAUCCACUUCCUGCCAUCCUACAAGUUUGACAUUGGCAAGGACACGUACGACAGCACCUCGAAGCAGAGGACGCCCUCCUACACGGACCGCGUUAUGUACCGGAGCCGGCACAAGGACGACAUCUGCCCUGUCCGGUACGCGUCCUGCCCCAGCAUCAGGACGUCAGACCACCGCCCAGUGUACGGCCUGUUCCGUGUCCGAGUGCGGCCUGGGAGAGACAACAUCCCACUGGCCGCAGGCAAGUUCGACCGGGAGCUGUACCUCCUGGGCAUCAGAAGGCGCAUCUCCAAGGAGCUGCAAAGGCAGCAGGCUCAGAAGAACCAGAGCUCCAGUGCCGUCUGCUCGCUCUCUUGA